AGGACUCCUAGGUCCUCCCAUCCAACGUGAGUUCCUUCGUCCCUGUCAGACGAGCCAGCAAGAGCUGACUUCAACCAUGAAGCUGCUGAGAGUCCUUGUGCUGGUUGCCCUCCCUCUUUACUGCCUUGCAGGUUCUGGAUGCUUACUCUUAGAAGAAGCGAUUAACAAAGCAAUCGAUUCUCAAGUGAGCAUAGAUGAAUACCAAAACUUCCUUCAACCUUUCACAUAUGGUCUUGAAACUAAAGAAGCCAUAGCAGAGCUGAAGCAAUGUUUUCUCCAGCAGUCGGAUGAAACUCUGAGCAAUUUUGCAUUGAUGAUGAACGAAAUAUAUAAUAGUUAUUGGUGUGCUCUGUUUUAACCUUCCACGUGACCUGGGGCUCUGAGGAC